ACACCAACGAUUGUGUACUGAACCUCGCUGCACCCACCACCGACAUGGAGCAGCACUCGAAUCUUCGAGAUACCGCGUCCGAAGAGAUUCCCGAUAUCCCCUCGUUGGUUGAAUUUGAUUCAGGUACAUACUUUUGGGAGUCUGCUAGACCAUGGUUGUCUCGGAGAGGUGUAGAACUAUACGAAAUACGCCCCGAUGAGAAUCCUCUGCAUAACUGGAAAAACUGGUGGACGCCCUUGGUUAGCACGCCCGCGCCUCUGCCUUUUGCACGGUGCGUGUUCGACACACCGAGCAAACAGAACAUUUUCUCUCCCGCUCUGAAAUUGGCAUGCGGCCAAGACUCCCUAGGCAGAGACGUUAUGUUGAAGCUCGUCGAGAAGGACAGCCCGGAAUACAGCAUUUACCAGCUUUUGAUCCAGCGCGAGGAUUCGUUUACAGACCGGAGCACGUUUCCAUGUGUUCUUCCGCCUCUUGCCAUCCUCGAUACCCCUCAUCAAUACUCCAUCGUUACGAUGCCUACUUGGGGAAGUCCUUUCCACAUCGAAGAAUUCCGAACUGUACGUGAAGCGCUGCGCUUCAUGGAGUGUAUACUUCAGGGUCUCGUCUAUUUACAUGCUAAUCGGAUAGCACACCGAGACAUCUUUGAGUUCAAUAUCGUUGUCAACUGCUAUAGGCUUGACCGGGAUAUGGAACGUCUUUCCGAGGACUUGGUCGACCAUCGACGACGGGCGGACGUUUUAUACGCUCUUAUGGACUAUGAUCAGUCUAUAUACCUUCCUCAUGUUACCUCCGUGAAGCACUGCUCUCGCCCUGCCAAGGAAGCGUGGGUGGGGUACGGUAUGUACAAGCCAGAUGACAUUUAUACUGGCGAACCGACGUACAACCCCUUCGCAUUUGACGUUGGCAUGCUGGGUAACUUGUUCCGAACCAACUUCUCAAAAGCGGUCCCAUUCGUGACGGCCUUGCCAGCACUGUUUGACAAGAUGACAACUCACAUUGUCUCACAGAGAUUCAGUGCCGAAGAAGCGCUCGCGUUCUUCAAAGCUUCGACGAAGGAUCUCACCCAAGACGCACUCGAGGCAUCCCUGGAACUGACUAUGGAGUACGAGCCUCUGUAUGACUCCGACGUAUAUUGGUCGCGGUUACCUUCAGAACUCCAAGCGAGAUGGAUAUGUCAUAGGACUCCCCCACUCCCACGUUGGUUCUAUGUUUUGAAUCGGUUGAUUCAGAUCCCCGUUUGUCGUAGGAUAAUACUUCCCGUCCGUCGCUGCUUGGGAAUUUAGAUCCUCUCUCUGCUUAUCACUCGCCAGGCGAAAUCAUACGCCGGAACCCAGCCUAUGUUCACUCUGGCGGUGGCACUCUUCUGACCCACAUAUACACGUGUAUGUUACAGUUCCGUGCCGUUCCCAUCUAUCCUCAUGCGGAUGUUGUAGAUCUGCGCCCAGAAAAUUUGAUGAUAUUGGC